AUGCUGGCCAUGAAGCUGUUCACUUGCUUCUUGCAGGUUCUAGCUGGGUUGGCUGUGCAUUCCCAGGGGGCCCUGUCUGCUGGGAACAACUCAACAGAAACGGAAGUGGUGCCCUUCAAUGAAGUGUGGGGCCGCAGCUACUGCCGGCCAAUGCAGAAGCUUGUGUACAUUGUGGAUGAAUACCCUGAUGAGGUGUCUCACAUAUUCAGUCCAUCGUGUGUCCUUCUGAGUCGCUGUGGUGGCUGCUGUGGUGACGAGGGUCUGCACUGUGUGCCGCUAAAGACGGCCAACAUCACUAUGCAGAUCUUGAAGAUCCCCCCCAAUCGGGGUCCACAUUCCUAUGCGGAGAUGACAUUUUCUCAGGAUGUGCUCUGCGAAUGCAGACCUAUUCUGGAGACGACAAAGGCAGAAAGGAGGAAAACCAAGGGGAAGCGGAAGAGAAGCAGAAAUUCACAGACUGAGGAACCCCACCUGUGAUGCUGUUUCCCGGAGGUAACCAGCCACUCAGAGGAGAGACCCACACCCGGAUCAUAUAUUUAUUACCGUCACCCUCUCAGAACCCUCCCUGCUGGUACCUACCCUCUAUUUAUUAGCCAACUCGUCCCUGCUGAAUGACUUGCUCCCUCCGAGAUAAGGGGCAUGGAAGGACAAGACCCUCAGGAAUUCAGUGCCUUAAAACAGAACGUGAGAGAAAGAAAGAAGCCAACCACAGACCCGUGGGAGCUUCGGCUUGGGAAGAAGCAAGACUUGGACAUGGCCUUACAAGGUGCAAGCCAUGCUCCAGAGGCCCUGGGUCUCCAGGGAACUGGAGAAGAGAAGAGGAGACCUAGAACCUGCCCUGGUCCACAGCUCCACCUAGACAGCAGCUCUGGCCCUGGCUGCACUGAAGGCAUGUAAAGGGGACCCGGUCUACUGUACCCUGGAGAUCAGGACAGGACGUUCGGCUCUGGAGACCAGAGCUUGCCUGUGGGCUUUGCCUUUCAGCCUAGAAGUUCAUGCUUCACCCUUUGCAAAGCACCACUACCCUGUCCCUGCUCUGGGACACAGGCAGAGUGGCCUGAGACUGAACAGAGGGCAGGCUGGAUGAGUACUAGCCCAUGGACUUUGACCACUGCAAGUCUGGGCCAUGUGUCCUAGUGGUACAGCUACGGAAAGCAAACCGAUUCCUGGAGGGCCCUUGCAGCCCACCAGUCGUCUCUGCCAGGACUGUCUAACUGCCAAGCCAGAUUCUCUUGAAUAAAGCAUUCUAGUCUGGAACCAA